UUCCUCCACUCUCUCUUGCUGUAGCACUUAUUCCCAAUUCAGUUAUCGAUCCGUGUGUUUUGAAUAAACUUUUAGGUGAAGCGGUUUACAGUGAUAUACUCGCAACUCUCUACGCCGCGAUUUCUCUGUUUAUUUUUCACCCUACUCGCGACUCGGAAAUGUAAAAUCUAAUGUCUCAACUUUCUGCUGCGUUCAGUGUACGUUCUCUCGAUUCAGUUGAUUCCGCUCCCGAGUUCCACUAGAUUUUUGCCGCAUUUUCCGGAUUAAUUGACUGCUCGUUUUCAGAAUUGCUAGCGGAAUUUGAUAGAUGCUAUUGAAAAGGUGUGUUUCCGUUUCAUUUGGCGUGAAAGUGCAUGGACACGUUUGCAUAGUUGUGGCAAUUGAAAAGGCAAGUGAUUUGGAUUCGCUUCUUAUGCGUCCUUCCGUGAUUGGGUGAGGAGGCGGUUCGAAUGGCUUUUGGAAAAAUUGAGGCGUAUUCAACUUUUCGAAAAGAUGAAUGCGUGAAAAGGCUGAAUGAUUUUCCGGAAGUUGAGUGUUAAAGUGUUUGAUGUGACGAGAUGAAAAUCGAUGAUAGUGGGACCAUAUAGAAGUCCAUUAAUUUGGUGGAUUGAGGAUAUCCGCAUUAUAAACCUAAUCCGUUUAAAAUACGAGUUGAUGCAAUUAUAAAUUGAAAGAUUGGAACCCCUACAAAAUGGCCACCCCACGUCCGACUGCUCCUGCAACCCCGGUAUUAGCAGUAUCUUGUCGAAUGUUACGUUCCCCAUCUCACGAAAGCGUGACAACUGAUCUUUCACUGUUUUCGGUAUCUUCAGUAGCUUCUGAGGCUGUUGGAAAACAUAGAGUACUUGGCUUCAGAGAACAACGUGGACCUAGUCCAAACCCUGACACAAAACAUUCACAUUCCAGACCAGCGGACAUUCCAGAAGUGACCUGGUUUGAAGAUGGAAACGAGUUAAUAAGAAGUUGCGCUCUUCUAUCUUCCGCCCUAGGUACGCAAAAGAGCUUCAGUACAAGUGAUAUAGCACAACUGCCCCUCCCUGAAUCGCAAUCAAAUCAACUUCGCCAAACUGUUUCUGAACUAGCAUUAAAUUCUUUACAACGAUGCGGUUAUAUGUUAGAUCAUCCACGACUUGAUCAUACAUCUCGUUCUUGUUCAACUUGGGUAGCAGUCGGCGAAUUGGCUACGACAUCUCAACUACCUUCACCACAUGGUGGUCCAGCAAACCCUCCAGCCUUAACAACAAGCACACCUCCUCCGCCCACUUUUACUGCUGCCGACCUAAUUCGAUCCGUUAAUAAGAAAGUUCGCCAAAAUUACAUACGAAGACGACUUUUAACAACAUAUAGAGCGCUGGAGCGUCUGUCCCAAAGUGAAUUCAAUUUAGAUCGAUUAGAAGCAGCAGCAGUUGCAGCAUCAAUAACCAGUGGACCAGGACCAACUGAACUUAUAGUUCCUACAAAUCUACCCAGGUCGUCCGCGCAACCUCCUUCAGAAAAAGAGGAUAAGGAAAAUAAAGGCUCUGACAAUUCCAGCCAGACGAAACCAACGGAAACUAUUGAAACCAAGGGCCAGGCGAAGGAUUCUGAAAAAAGGAGAAGCCAUAAGCUUCCCAAAGCUGAAGUGUGUGAGAAGUUAAAAAGGAAGAUCUCCCUAAAUGUUAACAAGAAUUUGACGCUACAUGAUAUCGAUCGCGAACGGGGCAAACCUCUGUCAAAAUAUGAGCGCAACAUGAUGAUAUUCAAUUGGCUCCAUUCUUUGGAUGAAACUUCUACUGUGGAAGAUAUGCCUUAAUUUUAGAAAAAGUAUUCAUUUUCUUGAAUUAUCAAAUUAUAAAUUGUAGACUUUCGCAUCAUGUUCGCUGUUUAGUUUCAUGGCGCCCAAAAUCACAGAGAAUUCUUAUAGCCCAGUUGAGCGUCAUAGCCAAAAUUAGGUUAAUUUGUCCUAAACGUAUCCAUGCACAAGGAUUUUGGGCACUAGGAAACAAAUGAGUGAAUAUAUGUCGAAGCCUUAAAAGUUGACUUUAUAAGUGGAUCUAUUAGAAGAGAUUUAAUAUUUUGUCGUAAAAAUUGUUAGUGAAAAUUUUUCCGAAUCAGGAAAUUGUGUUGAUUAAAAAUAAGAUGAAUAUAUUUAUAUUUUAGGGACAUGAGAUGCCUCACAGAAUCUGAGUUUACAGUUACAGUUUUGAUGUUAAUAUUGAUCAGUAAAACAAUUUCAUAUUUUUUUUCAAAAGCGGAUAUACUGAUUGAAUUGAAUUUUGUUUUAAUCGGUAGAAUGAUUUGCAUGGCCGUAAUUAAUUUAAUGGCAGCGCAUAAAUUUAAUCAGAGGAUUUGACUGAAUUAGCUUAUGAAGUAUAUUUGUAUCUUUCAUGGAAACUUUCGAACAAGUCUUUAUUGUAUUCUAAGGAUCUACUCAAACUAAACAACUUCGGAAAUUCGAUAAAAUGUGCUACAUGUUCUAUCAACUCGUUGGAGACUUAGCAUUAGGAUUUCUUCAUGUCCCCAACCUGGAAAGUCAAGCAAAUCUUAUAAUACCUGAUUUCCUACUUUUUCUGCCCGGAAAAUAGCUCUCAAUAUUUUCACUACCUUCGCUCAAACUACUUCACUUGAAAAUAACAGGGUCCAUUCAGGCUUGAGAAAGCCCCUACCAUCCACUUUGAUUAUUCUUUACGCAUUUACCGCAGACUUUGUUUUUAAGUAAAUAAAUAUCUUUUGAAAUCAAAGAGAAGGAAUAUGAACUCAAAUAUUUAACAUAUUUUUCGAUAUUAUUAGAUAACAAAAAUUUGAAGAGAAUUAGCCCUAAAAUUAUUAUUGAGAUCAUUAUAAUAUUAGCAUCAAUUUUAUUGCGAAUCUAUUUUAAAGGAAUUUUUACUAAAUGAGAUUUUUGCUCUUGUUGAGAGUACGUUUGAAACUUAGGAAUAGAAGAAAAAUAAAUAUUCCUGUUUUCAUCAACCAUAUCACGGCGAUGAAACGAAUUUUUCGAUAUGCUUUUUAAAAGGAAAACAUAUUUAUGAACAUAGCAUAAAUUUCAAUAGAAAAUACAUUUGGAAUAGAUACGAUAAGUCAAAAAACAGUUGCAAUUUUACAUAUAUGAAGUAUUGUUGUCUAUUCUCAUAUCAUAUCAACAGAAUAAUAUAUACUUAGAAUUAAUGAAGCUUCCAAAUAAAAAUCUUACUCAAA